UUACUUGUCCCGGAUUAUUGCUCCGGUACAGCUUGCCCGGAAGAGGAAACAAUAAAGGAAAAAAAAUAAUAAGAAUUAUAUACAAAAUUAUUAUCAUCAUUCUCAAAAAUUGUCACACACAAAUACACAACCACACAAUUAAAAAGCAACGAGAUGUACAAAACAGUUCGCAAGGGAGAUGCAAGUCUUCAGUAUACAAUACUUCCUCAGACAGAUCAAUUUACUACGAGUGGAAUGCCACAGCAGCAACAGCCGCAAUCGACUCGAAAAAGUAAAUUGAAAGUGGCGAAAUAUACAAUUGUCUUUAUUCUGUUCAUUCUCUCGUGUAUUGUCACGCCAUUUCUGAUUAAUCAAAAUGAACGGAACAUUUUUCUCAACAGUAUGUUAUCAGUUGGUAGAAGUACAUCACAAAAUCAAAAUCACAAUACUGUUAGAAAUUCAACAAAUAAUAAAGAACUUUCGCCAUCGUCAUACGAUGAGGCAAAUACAAAUCGUGAAAUGAGUUUAAUUGUCUCAAAAAUCUUCUCUAAAUUGGACGCUUCAAGAGAAAGAAAUUCCAUUGAAGAAACAUCAACUCAAUCGGAGAGCUCUCGAAGUAUUAUCGAUAGACAGGAUUCUGAUCUUUCGAUAUCUGAAAUAAAUCUGGUGACAAAUCGACCACCACCGAUUCCCUCGACAACGUACGCGACGAACUUUCGAAAAAGUUUGUAUUCAACGAUGCCAUUGACGUCGUCAUCAAUUGUGUCGGCGUCAUCGAUCGCGUCAGUGUCAUCGCCGGCACCAAUAUCAUCAUUGAGUUCAUCGACCUUUGCCUCGUCUUCGUUAGAAUUAAAAUCGUCAAUGGUGACGGGAAUGCCAUUGAAGCCGAAAAUGCCACGAGUGACUUUAAAAUUACGGGAAAAUGAAACGAUACCGCAAAUGUACAUGAAAGCUGGAAUAGCGUCGUACAAGAAGGGAAACAUCACCACCAGUGUUUUGGCGAGGGGUUUAAGUUUAGAGGGUUUGAUCUUCAAAACACCGGAAGGCACAAUUAAACCUUGGCCACAAAAAUGGCCCUUUGAGUGGAUGCCAUCGGACCCGAGGUGGCAGGGCACAGGAUUUACUCUUCCAAUGUUAAACACAAUUUUCAGCAUUUUGGGAGUCCUCGUUGGUCUACUGUGUCUAUCGUCCCUCGUACUUUUAUUUUUAUUGCGAUUGUCUCGAAGAAAGCGACCGGUAAAUAUUGAAGAACCAGAAAUUGAAGGACCCGAAGAUAAAUCCACACUAUUGGGAACGGAAAAUCAAGAAAGAACAAGUGAUCGAGAGUAAGCACAAAGUCAUCAUAUUUCCUUUUUUGACUUCAAAUUUAGAAUCAUUCAUCAUCACAAAACUUCACUGUAUUUAUAAACAAAAAAAUAAAAUCAAAUUCACUAUCUAUGGGCAGAGAAAA